AUGAUACCUCUCCAAAUUACUCCAGAAAAUAAGGAAAAUUCUGAAAGACAGAAUGAAACAGUUAGCAGUGACCGCAUACGUCAGGCAGUUAGUCUGAGCGAAGUUACUAAUGUGAUGGAAACCGAAACGACUUCUGGCGAAGUAGUUCGAAAAAAAAGUAUCUUAGCAAAGAGACCGUAUCCGUUCGAUAAGGACGGCGAUAGUUCAAUUUGCAAUGAACUGGAGCUUAUAGAAAAUAAGAAGAGCUCUGCAGACAUUUUGGAAGAAUGUGAUAUUUCGGAAGAAUGUGAUAUUCCGGAAGAAUAUGAUAUUUCGGAAGAAUGUAUAGAAAAAGCCGACAAAGGUUCUUCCUCAGCAGUCCACGUAGACGAGUUUCCUCUCAACUUUAAAAUCCGCGAAGAACGCUUCGAUGUUGGAAAUUAUUUGGAAAAAAAUAGAGUUGCCUGGAAUAGGCGCGCUAAAAUUGUUGAUUGGCUGGUUGAGAUGCACAAUUGUUUAGACAUGUCAGAAGAUUCACUUUACACUGCCAUCAAGUUGACAGAUUUGUAUCUGGAUAGGACAGCUGACCAAAUAGAAAAUCAGAAUAUGGAGCUUGUCGGCAUAUGCGCUCUUUUCAUAGCUGGCAAAUUAUUGGAACAACGUGCACCUCCAGUUGACGACUUUGUCAGUAUCUGUGGAACCGGGUUUACUUGUAAUCAAAUACUGAAGAUGGAGAGGCAAGUACUUGAAGCUGUCAACUAUCGUUUAACAUAUCCUUUGGCUUGCCAGUUUCUUCAGGAAAUUUCAAAAGCAGUGCUGCUAGAUUCGACGACGCUGACUUUGGCUCGAUAUUAUUUGGAAACUUCUUUGUUGUUUUAUGAAUUUGUUGGAGUUCGAGGCAGCCUCAUGGCUUCAGCCUGUCUGCUGUUAGCUUUACGAUCGAGAGGACAUUAUGAUUGGAAUAUAGAGUUGGUAAAAAUUACUGGCUAUGAACUAGAAAACGUGGAGUCACUGAUGUGGACGAUUAAUCAUGCGCUGAUAAUGCGCUCCAAACUUUUUCCGACGCUAGGAGUUACGUUUCAAAAAUACAGCACCAUUGAAAGCCUUAGAGUCGCUGAAUUACCUUUUUUGGAUGACAUCUUUUGUCCAGCUGCACUUAUCGGACCACCUCCUGAACUGUCAUUCAAAAAGUAA